AGAGGUCGGGGUCGGCCUCUCGCUCUGUAUGUGUGAGCUUCUUGCUUUUCUCCUCCGGCUGCAGAAAAAAGCCGCGCGUCCCCUUCUCUCUUUUUGCAGCGGGGGCCUCUGAAGGUUCCACCUACCCACCAUGGAAAGAGAGAAAAGAGAGCUUAUGGCACUGCGAGACAGGUAGCUGCGAGAGAGGUGUGCUUCCCAUGCCUGAGAACUGAGUGCGUCCAAUUCCAAGCAUGCCAUUGCCCCAGUACAAUGCUGGGCCUGUCCGGCACCUGUGUUCUCUCUGCCGUCUGCUUCUCUGGGCUGAGAAGAGGCCCUGGGGGGCGCCUGGCGUUUGGAGGUCUUACUCCCAAGCGAGGAAGCCUGAAGGAAACCCGACGGAUCUCCAUAGCCAAGCAGGGAAAACGCCCCACCUGAAAAAUAAGGCAGAGAAACAGAAACGGCAGCGGGAGAGGCUGGAGGCCAUUGAAGCUGGGCUGCUUGCUGGGUCCCAGGAGCAGCCGCCAAGCCAAGCCAGGGGCCGAACCUUGAAAAGCACCGUUCUGUACGACAUCCCAACCGCAGCUGGAGAAAAGAAAGAUACCUCGGCACCGCUGCCCGUCUCAUAUAGCCCACGCUAUGUUGAAGCUGCCUGGUAUUCCUGGUGGGUGAAGGAGGGAUUUUUUAAACCAGAGCACCAGCACCUCCUGCCCCAUCGGAAGCCAGAAACGUUUUCGCUCUCUCUCCCUCCGCCAAACGUCACGGGGUCCCUGCACUUGGGCCACGCCUUAACCGUGGCUCUUGAAGAUGCUCUGGUACGUUGGAAAAGAAUGCAAGGCUAUAAAGUUCUGUGGGUUCCAGGGUCCGAUCAUGCUGGCAUUGCCACUCAGGCUGUGGUGGAAAGAAAGAUCUGGAAGGAGAGGGGAGUCCUCCGAAAAGAUCUCAAGCGGGAGGAAUUCCUCCAGGAGGUCUGGAACUGGAAAGAGGAGAAAGGGAACGAAAUAUUCCAGCAGCUGAAGGUGAUGGGAGCCUCAUUGGACUGGGACAGAGUCUGUUUCACCAUGGACUCUGGCUUCUCCCAAGCGGUGACCGAGGCCUUCGUGCGACUGCAUGAGCAGGGCCUGGUGUACCGGGAGAGGCGCCUCGUGAACUGGUCAUGUGCCUUGCGAUCGGCCGUUUCUGACAUUGAGGUGGACAACAGGCAGCUCAAAGGACGGACGGAGCUCUCUGUGCCCGGACUUCAAGGCAAAGUGCCGUUUGGGGUCUUGGUGACAUUUGCCUACAAAGUGGAAGGAGAGGAUGGUGAGGAACUUCCUGUGGCCACAACCCGUCCGGAGACCAUGUUGGGAGACGUGGCGGUCGCUGUCCAUCCGGACGACCCGCGGUAUAGACACCUUCACGGCAAGAGACUCUGCCACCCGUUCACCCGCCGUAUCCUUCCUGUCCUUACCGACCCCUUUGUGGAGCAGGAGAUGGGCACAGGGGCUGUGAAGGUGACCCCAGCGCACAGCCAUGCCGACUACGAACUGGCUCGGCGGCACAGCCUGCCGUUCAUCUCGGUUAUUGCGGAAGAUGGCACGAUGACGGCCGAGUGUGGCCAUUGGCUACAGGGGCUGCAUAGAUUCCUGGCCCGUGAGAAGGUGUUGUCUGCUUUGAAGGAGAGAGGACUCCAUCGGGGGGCCAAGGAGCAUCCCAUGGUGCUUCCACUUUGCAGAAAUGGCUCGUGGGCCUUGGAGGCUGUGGAGUCUGGAUUCUUGAAGUUGACCCCUAAAUUCCAUGAGAAAAACUGGAGGACUUGGCUCUUGAAUACCAGUGACUGGUGUAUUUCUCGCCAGUUGUGGUGGGGUCAUCAGAUUCCAGCCUAUCGGGUGACGGUUCCCGGAUCACCAGGUGCAUCAGAGCAGGAGGAGAGCGAUGGAUUAUGGGUAGUGGGCAGGACAGAAGCAGAAGCUCGGGGGAAAGCAGCAGGCAUGCUGGGAAAACCAGAAGAGGAUCUAGAGCUGGUGAGAGAUGCCGAUGUCCUGGACACUUGGUUCUCAUCCGGACUUUUCCCUUUCGCUGCGCUGGGCUGGCCCCAUAAGACAGAAGAUCUCCAGCAGUUCUACCCCAAUAGCCUUUUGGAGACUGGGAGUGACCUUCUCUUCUUCUGGGUGGCCCGGAUGGUGAUGCUGGGGAAAGCAUUGACCGGAGAGCUACCUUUUUCUGAGGUUUCCCUUCACUCAAUGGUCCGUGAUGCUCAUGGCAGAAAGAUGAGCAAAUCUCUUGGGAAUGUGAUCAACCCUUUGGAUGUUAUUUAUGGUGCUCCCUUGCAGGUGCUACAGGAGAAGCUUCAAAAUAGCAAUCUGGACCCGAGAGAGGUUGCCAUUGCUAUGGAAGGCCAGCAGCGAGAUUUUCCUCAAGGAAUUCCCGAAUGUGGAACCGAUGCCCUCAGGUUCGCUCUCUGCUCCUAUUCUGCCCAAGGCGACGGCAUUAACCUCGACGUGGCUGCGGUGGAGAGCGCCAGUCGUUUCUGCAACAAAGUGUGGAAUGCCCUGAAGUUUACUUUGGGAGCCUUGGGAGAAGGAUUUACCCCACUGGAGCCAGAGAAGGUCUUCCCUAGCUCCCCAAUGGAGCGCUGGAUCCUCAGUCGUCUCUACCACACAGCGGAAGAUUGUGCCCGGAGGUUUGAAGGAUACGAACUGCAUUCUGUCGCGUCCUCGGUCCAUCUUUUCUGGCUGCACGAUUUCUGCGAUAACUACUUGGAGUCUGUGAAGCCCAUAUUGAGGAGCGGGGAUCCAUCUCGGCUACUCUCCACCCGUCGGACCUUGCACAGUUGUGCGGACGUGGCUCUACGCCUCCUUUCUCCCUUUAUGCCUUUCCUCACAGAGGAACUGUGGCAGCGCCUCCCCAGGAUCGGCUCCCAGUCUCCUCCCAGUAUCUGCGUGGCCAGAUAUCCCAGUGCGGAGCAACUGGCUCACUGGUGUCAUCCUGAUGAAGAGGCAAACUUCCUGUUAGUACAGGAAGUCGUUAGAGCCGUCCGUGCCCUGAGGGCAACUUACCAGCUGACCAAAGCUCGGCCGACAGUGUAUCUGGUUUGCCCAGAGGCAGUUCCCCGUGGCGUAUAUGAGACCUACCGAGAACCCCUGCAGACUUUGUCCUUGGCUGGAACUCUGAGACUCCUCUCAGGUAUCAAGGGAGCAGAACUACCUGCGAGUUGCGUGGCUGCGAAGGGGCAUGAGCACACUGCCAUCUAUGUGGAUCUGCAGGGAUUGGUUGAUCCCCAAAAGGAGCUCCUCAAAUUUGCAUCUCGGCAAAAGAAACUGGAGCGGCAGCUGGCAGAUCUCACCGUACGGGUUCAAGGGGCCAGAUAUCAGGAGCAGGUCUCCCCAAAAGCCAAACUGGAUCACCAGCAAAAGAUUUCCUUGCUGCAUUCCGAGCUGGAGCAAAUAGAACAGGCCAAGUCAGCCCUCCAGAAGAUGCCUGUGAGGCAGGGAUUGUCUCCUGAACCACUUGAGUAGUGAGGACUGGCAGAAUUAGCCUUAGGUGGAUUAAAUGAGAAGAUAUGGAAGACUGGGAAAAGAAGUUGGAAGCUCUGUGGGGUUCUGAGACACCCAGUUCUGCGAUGGAGCCUGUCUUCCGGCAAGAUGAAGGGUGGCGUUGGGUCGGCACACUGACUUGAUUUUGAACACUUGGGGUCACCAGCUGGACUCCAGAAGCCUCCAUGGGCUGACAUGCCGCCUUCACAAGUUUAGAGAAGGGAUAUUUUAUCGCCAACAACAACAACAACAAUAAUUUAUUAUUUGUACCCCGCCCAUCUGGCUGGGUUUCCCCAGCCACUCUGGGCAGCU